AUGAGAGCUGCAUCAGAUUGGCCAAGUACUCGUAGUGACAAAAAACAGGACAAUACUACGCUCAAGGACUCAUCAGUGGGAAUGAAUUAUCUGCGAUGCUCGCCUGAAGUUCGUCGCUUCUGUGUUCUUUACUCAAAUUUCCUUGAAGUGGUGAUUAAUGACUUAGAGAUGGGUAUCGACAUUGAUGGAACAAACCAAUUAGAGUUAUUGGAACACCUCCGAAAUCACUAUCCCUAUCACUGUGACUUAUGUGAUUAUGCUUCACGCACGCAAGGCCGACUACGUCAUCACAAAGCCGCAUUCCACUCCGAGAUCCAACCUAAAAAUUAUUCUGGUAAAUCUUCUAACCGACCUACCAAAAGUGGGAGGACCUACAAAUGUAAAGAUUGCGACUUUUCCGCUCAGGAUAAACCUGAUCUAUGGAGGCAUAUAAGAGUGCAUAUGAAACCUGAACGGAUGUUGGAAUGUUCAUUUUGCCCAUUUGUUACUGAACUUGCGCACCACUUCGAUUAUCACAUGAAAAAUCACUCUGGAAAGAAACCAUUUGAAUGCGAUAAAUGCAACUACAGAUGUGUGAAUAAGUCAAUGUUGAAUAGCCACCGCAAAUCCCAUUCAAAUAUAUACCAAUAUCGUUGUACGGAGUGUAGGUAUGCAUCCAAGUAUCUCCACAGUCUUAAGCUACAUCUUCUCAAACAUGAAAACGCAGUUGCUGUAGUAUUGAAUGCUGAUGGAAGCCUACCGGCGAAUGCGGUUCCUUCGCCAGCUCAGCCCCGAGGGAAUAAUCAACAAACACCUCAACUUCUUCCUCCCCUUUCGUCCAACGUUCCACCCUUUCUACCUUUUCAAUUCAAUCCAUUAUCGAUGCCCCCGGCUUCUCAUAGUCCGAUGACACCAUCUCUUGGUUUUCCUCCUGGAAUAUUUCCACCAUUUCCUCCUCCUCCUCCCAACCUAACACUAAAACAUGGUUCUAUCCAAACUCCCGUUUUCAACAAUUUGUUAUCUGGCCUAUUUUCGGAAUCUCAACCACAAAUCACGCCUUCUUCCUCUGCUCAAUUGGAUGAAACGCCGCUUGAUCUUUCGGCUCCAAAAGGUUCAACAAUUGAAACUGAAGAAAGGGAAUCAGUAAAACCCAGUGAAUAUGGUUGCAGUUUAUGCUCCAUUCAACUCCCAGAUAGUCAAUCUGCUUCCAAACAUCUGGCACUUCAUGAUCCCAGUGAUCCGACCCGGUGUAGAUCUUGCGGAUUCCGGUGCGAUCCCCCAGUCACUUUAAAUAAUCACCUAAAAGAUUCCAAAAAGUGUUCUGAAUGA